UUUUUUUUCUUCUUUCUUCUAUUAGUUCUAUUUUCUAUAUUUGACUUCUUUCGUCUUUUUUUCUAUUUUGUAUAUUUUCUCAUUUUACAGCAACAAGUGCGUAACAUCCAACCUAUUUCAUUUGUACAUAUACACACACACACACACACAGACAAUCAAUGAUUUCAGGCAUUAGAAAUAAAUUAAAAAGUGCAACUCCGUCCAUCCGGUCAUCAAAAAGUAUCAGUGAUGAUAUAGAGUUGCCAGAGACCAAAAGCUUCAGCACAUCUAGUACAUCCAACGGACCUGCACCUCCACCCCCUAUUCAUACUGUUCACCGUCCUACAGAUACUCUGCCUGCCAACCUGAGUCGGAACAGCAGUGGUAGUAUUCAAUCUCUGUCGUCAGGUGCUCGCAGCUCGUAUCAAAGCGGUGAUAGUCAACACGAAGCGAGUUCGCCUGCUUCUUCCGCUACGAGUCUAUCUAUGCCACCGACGCCUCCCAGCUUCAUGGGCGGUUCGUCCACCGGCAGAAAAUACCAUCAUAUGCGAUAUCCCUCGAAUGCCAGUUUAUCCCUCUCUAUGAACAGCGAGAUCUUUAUGAAUCACAACCACUUGAAACCUGGCGACAAUGCUGAAUUACUCUCUUAUGAUAAGACCAUCAACUUGUACCGCGAAAACGCCAAACGUUCCAACGAUCCUAAUAUUCAAUGUGAUCUGGCGAUCUAUCUGUACGAGUCCUCCAAAAACAACAAUAAAAAACCUGAAGAGAAGAAAGCCUACAUGCAUGAAGCAGUCAAGAUGCUCAAGAACUUGGCUGUUCAUGGACAUGCUGAAUCCCAGUAUUAUCUAGCCAACAUUUAUGCUUCAGGUGCAACUCAUAAAUCCGGCAAACCUGAUUUCGGAAACGCCUUUCCAUUAUUUGUCCAAGCUGCAAAACGUCAACAUGCAGAUGCUGCCUAUCGUGCUGCUAAAUGUCACGAAGAUGGCUUGGGUUGUUUCAAGAACAAGUCAAAGGCAAUACAAUACUACAAACUUGCUGCCACACUCAAUCAUCCUGGUGCCAUGUAUCGCCUAGGCUUAGCAGCCAUUCAUGGAAGCCUUGGAUUACAACGCAAUGUGAAAGAUGGCAAUAAAUGGUUAAAACGCGCUGCCGCCGCAGCGACACCAGAAUACCCUCACGCUCUUCACGAGCUAGGCUUGUUGCAUGAGAAGGGACUGGGCAACAUCAUCUUCAAAGACAUUGGCUAUUCCGUUCAACUCUACAGUAAAGCGGCCGAGUUGGGUUAUGCUCCUUCUGCUUAUCGAUUGGGUCAAUGCUAUGAAUUCGGCUAUCUGAAUUGUCAAAAGGAUUCUGCUGCGUCUGUCUAUUACUACACAAUUGCUGCUCGUCAAGGAAACGACGAUGCUUGUCUUGCUUUAUCCGCUUGGUACUUGACGGGUGAUGAGCCACAUGUCAUCGCAUCUGAAGAAAAAGCUUAUUUUUGGGCGGAAAUAGCCGCUCGGAAGGGUGUCGCCAAGGCUCAAUUUGCCAUGGGUUAUUUUGCAGAAGCCGGUGUCGGUCGAUCCAAAGAUCUCAAGGAGGCCAUGGAAUGGUACAAAAAGGCCUCUAGUCAAGGUGAUGAUCAAGCACGCAAGAGAUUGAAUCAUAUUGUCCACAGCAUGAAUGAACCCUCCUCAUCAGCCACAUCAUCCACAUCCAAUCAGAACAUGAAUAUUCCUACAUCAACAUCACACGUUAAUCAUACUGCAACAAUACCAUCUUCACUACUUGCUGGAGAAGCACGAUAAACCCCCCCGCCCCCUCCCAUUCACACCCUUCCUUCUUUUAGUAACUUAUCUAUAUCUAAUCUCUUAAUCGUUUUUGCUUUUUCUUUUUUUUUUUUUUUUUUUUUUUUCUU